AUGGCCGUCAUUUCCGGCGGCGACUGGUCGCAGUUUCAGAAGCCAGUCUACCAAAGCUCUACAGGUACCGCGACGGCGCCCGGGAAUUCCCAUCUUUGCCGACCUUCUUUUCCGAGACCAGAAGGAAGGAGAUCAUCGACGCCACUGAUGCCUCACUGGCCGCCACCGGCUUCACAUGUCAUAGUAAAAAUGCGGAUCCACACCUUCAUUAAUGUGAAUCAGACCUUUAGAACUAAGCCUUAUAUGUUCAUAUCACACCCUGGUCAGACCUGGGGCCCCGCAUUGAAGAUCAUCGCCGAGAGGAGGCAAAGGGAUCCCGACUUUGCUACAAGGGAUCCCGACUUUGCUACUGAGUGA